AUGUUUUAUAACCGUAGCAUUAACAUACCCAAUAUAUGCCACGUUAAAACUAUUUAUGAAAAGAAACCAUUUUAUACGAUACAAUGUUUUAAAAUAUUAUCGCUUAAUAACUUAAAUAUUAUCCAUAGUAAUUAUUUAGGAUGUAAAAGAAAAGGACUUUUUUUUUUUUAUAACACAUAUAAAGAUCCUGGUCUUAUGAAGAGAAACAUUUUUGUUUUCGGUAAAUAUAAUAAUAUUUUAAAAAGCAUAAAACAUAAAAGUGAAAGGAAAAUAAAAUGUGCUAAAGAUUUUUUAAGUAAUAAUAACGGGUUAUGUUCAAAUAAACAACCAAAUGAAUUAUAUGACGUUGGAAGGAAAGAGAUAAAAGAUAAAAAAAGAAUGAAAGGAAGAAAUAUAGAUACAAAUAAUCAUUUAUUAAAUUGUGAAAAAUCUAUAGCUUUAUUAAAUACUUUAUAUAAUAUUAUUCAAGAGAAAGGUAAUAACCAUCAUUGUGAUGAUACUUAUUAUGUUGAUGAAAAAAAUAAAUUAUAUAAUCAGCAUAAUGAUAAAGAUUUAUGUAAUAAUAUAAUCGAUGUUAUAAAAAAUGAAAAGAACAUCAAAACAACAUUUCUUAUAUUACACACAGUAAAUAAAAUAAUGUGUAUAAAUAAAUAUAUUCCAUAUAUAUAUGAAGACAUAUUAUUAAUAGAAGAUAUGGAAAUAUUAUCUAUAAUAUUAAGAGUACUAACCAAUUCUUUUUAUGAUGACAAAAAAUUGUUAUUUAUUCUGAUGAAUAAAUUAAAAGAAAGUAUAAUAUUAGGUACUUCCUCAAAUCUGACUAUUAGUAAUACGUUUUUUUGUUAUUCAAAUUUAUAUACCAGGGGAAUUAUAAACAAAAACGAUAUACCCUUAGAACACAUUUUAGGAAUCGUAAUAAAUUAUUAUGACACAUUUUCUUCUGUACAACUUGUGGAGAUCUUAGGUAACUUUGAAUAUUACGAUUUUAUGAAAGAGAAAAGAUGCGAGCUUGUGAAAGAAAAGGAUGAUCUUAUAGAAAUGGGUAAUGACCACCCUAGAGAUAAUAACAAUAAUAAUGAUGAUAAUAAUAACAACAAUAAUGAUAACAAUAAUAAUGAUGAUAAUAAUAACAACAAUGGUGGUGAUAUUAAAAGGUUAAAAAAAUUAAGAGCCAAAUUAUUCCUCAAGGUGGCCAACCAUUUUAUUCAACAAAAUAUUAUAAAAGAACUAAGCACAAAAGAAAAAAUAGACCUAAUAUAUGCAUUCUCAAAAAAUAGAAUAUACCAUGAGAAAAUAUUUUUAAGCGUCUUUGAAUAUUUAUUAAAAAUUAUUAAAGGAUAUAAUAGGGAUAUAAUAAAUAAUAAAUUUUCCUACUUAUUUGAAAAAAGAAUAAAAGAUGAACAUAUGAAAAAAGGGAAUGGUUAUAAUAGAAGGAAUGAGAAUGAUAAUAUUGAUAAUACAAAUUUAAAAAAUGAAGAAAUCGAUAAAAAAGAUAUAUCUCGUUUUAUUAAUAAAGAAGUAUUAAACGAUGCUAUUAAAAAUAUUAGUAAUAUAUUAUAUUCUUAUAGUAAAUUUAAUAUAUAUAUAGAUGAACUAUAUAAUGAAAUAUUAUUAUUUUUACAAUAUUUUUAUAAAUAUAUGGAUUGUUCUAUUUUAUCUAAAUGUUUGAUAUCGUUAACAAAAGUAAAUUGUAAUAUAAAUAUAUUAUUAUGUAAAAUAUAUAAAGAAAAAUUAGAUGACAAAAUUAAUGUAAAAAAUGAUGAUCAUUUUUUAGCACAUUGCUCAUCUAUACAUCUCAUGAAUUAUUUAUUAUCAUAUAGUCGAAAUUUAUUUUUAGAAAAGGGAGUUUAUAAUAUUAUAUCAUAUUAUCUUUUAAAAAAUGAUAAAAUAAAUUCUUUGAAUUCAUUAGAUUUAAUAAAUAUUUUUCAUGCUUAUAGUAAGAUUUAUUAUAUAGAUAAAAAAUUAUUUCAAAAAAUUGAUCAUAUACUAUUACAAAGAUUAGAAGCUAAUAAAGAUUAUCUAACAAUCGAUUUAGCCAUAAAAUAUAUAAACGCAGUUUCGAAAUUGUCCUAUAAAAAUGUAAAUAUUAUUUAUAAAAUCAUAGAAAUUAUUUACCAGACUAAUCAUUUACAUAAUAUUAAAAUAAUACAUUUAUUUAAACUAUUAAAAAAUAUUAAAAAAUUAAAUAUAUCUUAUGAAAUAUUACAAAAACAUAUACAAAUGAUAGCACCAAAUAUUACUCUAGAUUUUGCAAAUUAUCAAAAUUAUUAUUAUAAAGCUAAAAAGGAAAUACAUGUUAGAAAAAAAAAGUGGAUUUGGUAA